AUGUUCGGAGUCUACAAGCUGAUGGUCCUUACACUCUGCUUCGUCUCUCAGUCGCGGGCGCGCCUGUCCGUCACGGUGAUGGACCGCGACUACGGCAGCGUGCAGCACAGCGACGUGCUCGUCACACACAUCAGACGCGUGCUGGACAGCAUGGGCGCGCUGCGCGUGACGCUGCACCCGCGCGUGCGCGUGCUAUACGAGUUGCUCCGGCGCGACGCUCGCCUGCGCGGCGACCACGCGCUCCGCAAGCCGACCCCCGCCAGCCUUAGCCGCGAUCAGCUGUUCGCGCUCGACUUCCACCGCACCCUCACGCCGGCCUACGACGUCAACAAGCUGAACAGGAUAUUCACCACGACUGAGCGGAACUUCUGA